UUGUGUAACACUGCCGGCUGCGUGGAGUGGGUGGGAUGGAGGCGGUGUCAAUGCAGGGGCUCUCGGAAGGGACGGAUAUCGCUGUGACACUGCCGGGACGCUCUGAGGGGACUGUGUUGGUGUGGCACCGGUGCACGCUGAAGGAGCCGGCGGAAUCAGGUGGCCAUGGGGAUGUGGGCGUCUCUGGACCCGAUGUGGGAGAUGCCGGCCGAGAAGCGUAUCUUUGGGGCCGUGCUGCUCUUCUCCUGGACAGUGUAUCUCUGGGAGACCUUCCUAGCACAGCGGCAGAGACAGAUAUAUAAAACAACAACUCAUGUACCACUGGAGUUAGGACAGAUCAUGGAUUCAGAAACAUUUGAGAAAUCUCGACUUUAUCAGCUGGAUAAAAGUACCUUCAGCUUCUGGUCAGGACUCUAUUCAGAAAUUGAAGGCACUCUUAUUCUUCUCUUUGGAGGAAUCCCUUAUCUCUGGAGACUUUCUGGUCGGUUCUGUGGCUAUGCUGGCUUUGGACCAGAGUAUGAGAUCACUCAAUCCUUGGUGUUUCUGCUGAUGGCUACACUGUUCAGUGCAUUGACUGGUUUGCCAUGGAGUCUUUAUAAUACUUUUGUGAUAGAAGAAAAACAUGGUUUCAAUCAACAGACUUUGGGGUUCUUCAUGAAAGACGCAAUCAAAAAAUUUAUUGUGACUCAGUGCAUUUUAUUGCCUGUGUCUUCACUUCUACUUUACAUUAUUAAAAUCGGUGGUGACUAUUUUUUUAUUUAUGCCUGGCUGUUCACAUUAGUUGUUUCUCUGGUACUUGUCACAAUCUAUGCUGAUUAUAUUGCCCCUUUAUUUGACAAAUUCACACCUCUGCCUGAGGGAAAGCUUAAACAAGAAAUUGAAGUAAUGGCAAAGAGUAUUGACUUUCCUUUGACUAAGGUGUAUGUUGUUGAAGGAUCUAAACGCUCUUCCCACAGCAAUGCCUAUUUUUAUGGCUUCUUCAAGAACAAGCGAAUAGUUUUGUUCGACACUCUACUAGAAGAGUAUUCUGUAUUAAACAAAGACAUCCAGGAGGAGUCUGGCAUGGAACCCCGCAAUGAUGGAGAAGGGGACAGUGAAGAAAUAAAAGCUAAAGUUAAAAAUAAGAAACAAGGAUGCAAAAAUGAGGAGGUGCUUGCUGUACUAGGCCAUGAACUGGGGCAUUGGAAGUUGGGACACACAGUGAAAAAUAUCGUUAUUAGCCAGAUGAAUUCUUUCCUGUGUUUCUUCUUGUUUGCUGUAUUAAUUGGUCGAAAGGAGCUUUUUGCUGCAUUUGGUUUUUAUGACAGCCAACCCACUCUAAUCGGACUAUUGAUCAUCUUCCAGUUUAUUUUUUCACCUUACAAUGAGGUUCUUUCUUUUUGCCUAACAGUCCUAAGCCGCAGAUUUGAGUUUCAAGCAGAUGCAUUUGCCAAGAAACUUGGGAAGGCUAAAGACUUGUAUUCUGCUUUAAUCAAACUAAACAAAGAUAACUUGGGAUUCCCAGUUUCUGACUGGCUGUUUUCAAUGUGGCAUUAUUCUCAUCCUCCACUACUAGAGAGACUUCAAGCUUUGAAAAAUUCAAAACAAGACUGAGUUGUCCAGGGUCUGCGACUGAAGACAUUUCUGAUUAUUUCUGUCCUGGCAGCAUGUUCCGGCUCUUGAUGUUUUUAAACUUUUUUUUUUUUUUUAAAGAAAAAUUAUUAAGUACAGAAAAGCCCAGAUUUAAAUACAUUUAAUAUCUCAUUUCAAAAAUUAUUUUAAUAAUCCAUUUCUUAAAACACUGGAUACAAUUUUAAGGCUUAAUGUUUUUAAAGGUAUAGUUUUAUCUUUAACGUCGAAUUUACCAUCAGCUUGUGAAGUUAUUUUAGAAAAUACAGAACUUGUUUUAUUUCCACACUUACACAGCAUCUGCAUAUAAGGUGUUUGGGGGCAUACACGCGUAUAUUUAAAAGAGGACACCUGAGUCCUCUGUAAUGCAGAACCAGUGGCACCCAGCUGUGCUCAGAUCUGUCGAGACUUGUUUUUACUUUCAUACUUAGGAUUUAACCUGGCUAAUCAGUGUUUUAAAUAAGGAAGAAAGAUAAUAAUUGGUAAGUCUGAUGUCAUUUAAAUGAAAGUAGUCAAAAAUAUGCCCCACUGUUCUACCAAAUUUCACUGUUCCCUCUCUUGGUGUACGUACCAAUCAGGAAUUUCCAAUUGUGUGUUGAAAUUAGAAAUUAUGUAUAAAAUGUUUCAAAUCACUGGGUGAUAUUUUUAAGAAAAUCUUAGUCUUUAUCUUUUCUUCCACCUGGUGGGUAUGAUCCCAUAAGGGGUAAACUAGUAUUUUUCAAAACAUUCAGCUUUUCCCUCCUUCAUACACUUUUAUUCACUAGGUAGCGCAUACUUUCACUUAGCACACAUAUUGCCAUAUUGAACAGGUUUUGCUAUUUUUAAAGUGGCAGAAUGUGGAAAGAAGAAGAAAUGACAUUUUAAGAGACAUAAGGGUGAAAUACUGACAAUUCUCUUAUGGUAUUAUAGGAAAAAAUAUAGUUUUCUAUAUCUCUUUCAAGGACAGAAGAGUUUCAGUUUUUAUUUUUGUAAUUUUUAUCAAUAAGUCCUCAGUACUAUUUAAUCAGGCCUGAUUCUAUUUUUGAAAAUUACAGUUAUUGAUAGGCAGAUAAUUUUUCUUUUCAAAACAAAUGUCUUGAAAGAUUUCUUUUCCAGUUUUCAAAGCUGCGUGUUUGACUGCUUCAAAUCUGUCGCUUCCUGAAUGAGAACUCUUUGUGCCUAAGCUCCCACCCACCGGUAAAACUUGCCUUCUGGGCAUUUAUUCCAAAGUGGGAUCAACUGUGCACCCUUGGUAUCUGGUCAGAAAGUCUUGCUUAACUCAUAUUUGGGUGAUGUCUUUACAUGGAAAUGUAAUAAAAUAAAGCUCUAGUUUAGUACUGCAUUAUUUAUUUUCCUAUGGCUAAAGAGGAGUAGUCCUCUGAUUUUAUCCAGCACCCUUUAUCGUGAAUUCAGGCUGUGAUAACUGCCUCUCCUUCCUUCUGUGCCUUUAAAUAUAAAUUUCAGUUCUGCACAAGUGAAACAUUAAAAAUUGCCAAUGCAAGUUGA